UCCAUGCUGGAGAGGAGCUCGGUGCGCGCGCGCCAUGGCCAGACAGAGCCGACUUUGUUUGAUGUUGCCGCUCGCGCUGCCGCUGCUGCUGUGCGUCCUCGCGCAGCUCCGCACGAGCGCGCAACAGACCGUCCUGCGCAUCGGCGGUAUUUUUGAGACGUUGGAGAACGAGCCGGUCGGCGUGGAGGAGCUGGCGUUUAAAUUUGCAGUGACGAGCAUCAACCGCAACAGAACGUUAAUGCCCAACACCACGCUCACCUACGACAUCCAGCGCAUCAACAUGUUCGACAGCUUCGAGGCCUCCAGACGAGCGUGUGAUCAGCUCUCCCUGGGCGUGGCCGCCGUCUUCGGUCCCUCCCACAGUUCGUCGGUCAGCGCGGUCCAGUCCAUCUGUAACGCUCUGGAGGUUCCUCACAUCCAGACCCGCUGGAAACACCCGAGCAUGGACAACAGGGACACCUUCUACGUCAACCUGCACCCCGAGUACGCCUCCAUCAGCCGGGCGGUGCUCGACAUCGUGCACUUCUACAAGUGGAGGAGCGUCACUGUGGUGUACGAGGACGCCACCGGUCUGAUCCGACUGCAGGAGCUGAUCAAAGCUCCCUCCAGGUACAGCAUCAAGAUCAAAAUUCGGCAGCUACCUAUCGGGAGUCGGGACGCUCGGCCGCUUCUCAAAGAGAUGAAGAAGGGAAAAGAGUUCUGUGUGAUAUUCGACUGCUCGUACCAGAGCACGGCCGAGGUCCUCAAACAGUUGCUCUCUAUGGGGAUGAUGACGGAGUAUUAUCACUUCUUCUUCACCACACUGGACCUGUACGCUCUGGAUCUGGAACCGUACCGGUACAGCGGUGUGAAUAUGACGGGUUUCCGGCUCCUGAAUGUGGAGAACUCUCAGGUGGCGUCGGUCCUGGAGAGAUGGUCCAUGGAGAGGAUUCAGACACCACAGAAACCGGACGCUGGUUUAAUGGACAGCAUGAUGACGACUGAAGCCGCUCUGAUGUACGAUGCCGUGUUCAUGGUGGCGGCGGCGGCUCAGAGGGCGUCGCAGAUCACGGUGAGCUCACUGCAGUGUCACCGGCACAAACCCUGGCGCUUCGGCUCGCGCUUCAUCAACACUUUUAAAGAGUCUCAGUGGAACGGAUUAACUGGACUGAUCGUCCUGAACAGGACUGACGGGCUCAGGAAGGACUUUGACCUUGACAUCAUCAGCUUGAAAGAGGACGGCAUGGAAAAGUUGGAUGUCGGGCGGUUUCAGAAGGUUUGGAGGAAGAUCGGGGUGUGGAACUCCAAUACGGGUCUGAAUCUGACCGACAGUAACAAAGACAAGACGGGAAACCUCUCGGACUCCAUGACGAACCGGACUCUCAUCGUCACCACCAUUCUGGAGAACCCGUACGUGAUGUAUAAGAAGUCGGAUAAGCCGCUGUACGGGAACGACCGGUUCGAGGGGUACUGCUUAGACCUCCUGAAGGAACUCUCCAACAUCCUGGGAUUCUCCUACGAGGUCAAACUCGUCUCCGACGGGAAAUACGGGGCGCAGAACGAUAAGGGCGAGUGGAACGGCAUGGUUCGAGAGCUCAUCGAUCACGUGGCGGAUUUAGCCGUGGCUCCUCUCACCAUCACCUACGUGAGGGAGAAGGUGAUCGAUUUCUCCAAACCCUUCAUGACUCUGGGGAUUUCCAUCCUGUACCACAAACCCAACGGCACCAACCCCGGCGUGUUCUCCUUCCUGAACCCGCUCUCGCCCGACAUCUGGAUGUAUGUCCUGCUCGCCUGUCUGGGGGUCAGCUGCGUCCUGUUCGUCAUCGCCAGGUUCACUCCUUACGAGUGGUACAACCCUCACCCCUGUAACCCCGACUCAGAUGUAGUGGAGAACAACUUCACGCUGAUCAACAGUGUUUGGUUCGGUGUGGGAGCUCUGAUGCAGCAGGGUUCGGAGCUCAUGCCUAAAGCCUUGUCGACGCGGAUCGUGGGGGGGAUCUGGUGGUUCUUCACCCUCAUCAUCAUCUCAUCGUACACGGCUAAUCUCGCCGCCUUCCUCACCGUGGAGCGCAUGGACUCGCCCAUCGAUUCGGCCGACGAUCUGGCCAAACAGACCAAGAUCGAGUACGGAGCGGUGAGGGACGGCUCCACCAUGACCUUUUUCAAGAAAUCGAAGAUCUCGACGUACGAGAAGAUGUGGGCGUUCAUGAGCAGCCGUAAGAACACGGCGCUGGUGAAGAACAACCGCGAGGGCAUCCAGCGCGUCCUCACCACCGACUACGCCCUGCUGAUGGAGUCCACCAGUAUCGAGUACAUCAGCCAGCGCAACUGCAACCUCACGCAAAUCGGCGGCCUCAUCGACUCCAAGGGCUACGGAGUGGGAACACCCAUCGGUUCUCCGUACCGAGACAAGGUGACGAUCGCCAUCCUGCAGCUGCAGGAGGAAGGGAAGCUGCACAUGAUGAAGGAGAAGUGGUGGCGAGGGAACGGCUGCCCCGAGGAGGACAGUAAGGAGGCCAGCGCGCUCGGCGUGGAGAACAUCGGUGGGAUCUUCAUCGUCCUCGCCGCCGGACUCGUGCUCUCCGUCUUCGUGGCCAUCGGAGAGUUCGUGUACCGAUCCCGCCGAAACCCAGACGGGGAGGAGGAGGAGCCCGGCGCCGCCCAGUGUGAGUGGCACGACAAGCUCUGAUCGUUGUGCCGUCCUGGUGUGGGAUCGAUUAUCGGAUGAUUAUUGUGAUGACGUUACCGAUUACGAUACUGGCACUGAUACUGUUACUGAUACUGGUUUUGGUGACAAUACAACAAUUUUGGACUUUUAACCCAGUAAAUAAUCAGUACACUUUAUAUUCAAAAAAGUAUGUGAACACCUGACCAUGCACUUAUACAAAACCACGCCCCAUUUGUGGCUAUAACAGCCUCCGCUCAUCUAGCAAGGUUUUCCACAAAAUGUUGGAAUGUGUGUGUGUGGAAAUUUACACCCUUUAUACUGCACUCUGGUCCCGUUUGACUUUAUUUACAGUAUGAUUAUUAGGUGUAUACUUCAGAUGUUCGUUUUUGGUGAACCUGUGCCCACUGUAACUUGGGCAGAAAACCUGCAGCAAUCACGUCAGCAUGGACCAGAAUCUUAGAGGAACCGUUCCAACAUCUUGUGGAACCCAUGAUACGAGGAACCGAGGCUGUUCUGAGAGCGAAGUGCUUCUUACCCAGUGUGAGUACUGUGUGUUCCUAAUAUAUUGGCCAGGUAAUAAUGAUAGUAAAUCUAAUCUUUUGAGUGAUGAUGAUGAUGAGCAACUGGAGCUUCAUCCAUAUUAGAUGAAGAAUAUAGAAUUAUUUUCUCAUGAUUAGUCGUUUAUUUUAAUUAUUUUCUUUAUUUUCUUUGUA